GGCCGCCCUGGCCUCUGCCCACCAGUGCCACCCCCUUCCUCAGACCCUCAGUGUGCUGAAGAGCACCCCUCAAGUGAGGGGCAUGCACACCAUCAUCAGAAACAAGGAGACGAGCAGGGACGAGUUCAUUUUCUACUCCAAGAGACUGAUGCGGUUGCUGAUUGAGCACGCGCUCUCCUUGCUCCCGUUCCAGAGUUGCACAGUCCAGACCCCGCAGGGACAGGACUACGAAGGGAGGACAUACAGCGGGAAGCAAAUCACUGGGGUGUCUAUCCUGCGAGCGGGAGAGACCAUGGAGCCAGCGCUGCGUGCGGUGUGCAAGGACGUCCGCAUCGGGACCAUCCUCAUCCAGACCAACUGCAACACGGGCGAGCCAGAGCCCCACUACCCGCGGCUGGUCAUCCUGAUGGACUGCACGGUGUCCACGGGCGCAGCGGCCAUGAUGGCAGUGCGGGUGCUGCUGGAUCAUGAUGUCCCGGAAGACAAGAUCUUCCUGCUCUCCCUGCUCAUGGCAGAGAUGGGUGUCCACUCAGUCGCCUAUGCUUUCCCCCGGGUGAAGAUCAUCACCACAGCCGUGGACAAGAAGGUGAAUGACCUUUUCCGGAUAAUCCCUGGCAUCGGGAACUUUGGAGAUCGGUACUUUGGAACAGACGCUCCUCCGGACUGGAGCGACGAUGAAGAUGCUCUCAGCACUUAGCUGGAUGUGGAGAUGCCACCGGCGCCAGGCAGCUUCAGCACCGCACCUUAACCCCUUCUGUCCGUCGCAGAUUUCUCCUGCCUCCUCACCGAGCAUAGAUAUUUUUUUCAAAUCUUACAUUGGAGAUGUAGGGCAUAUUUUUUCAAAGAAACAAAAAUCCUAGUUUGUGGGCAGUCGCGUGUCCCAGCGCAGAGCGGAGUUAAUUUAUUUUAAUUUAAAUAUUUGCCUAUAUAACUUAUUGGAGAUAUUUUAUAAAGAAAAAUAAUAAAUUUUUUCUCUGGUUUUCUUGAA